GCAGGGCUUCCGAUGCCCUGGGACCACGCUUCGAAGAAAUCGAUGAAUGAGAGCGAACUCAUACCUACUUCGAACUCGCCUAAUAGUGAGGGGAAGUCCGAUAGAGACUGUUUUCCGGUGCGGCCACAUGGCCGCUUUUCACGCCUUGUUGCUUCUCGCUGCCGCAUUACUGAUAUUCGUGGUCGCUGCCGAAGAUGGCCAGGCACCCGUCAUCAAGACUGCCACGGGCCUCGUUUCAGGAGUGCGCAUGUCAAUUGGAGGUAAGGCCGUCGACGUAUACCUCGGCAUACCGUACGCACAGUCACCGACAGGCCCCCUUCGCUUCGGGAAACCCGUACUUGCCAAGCCGUGGAAUGGAACAUACGCCGCCGUAAACAAGCCGAAGCCGUGUCCACAGACUGCACAUUACUACACGGACGAUGUUAGCUUCUACUAUACUAAUUAUUCGGAAGACUGUCUUCACCUCAACGUCCGUAAGCCAGUGUCGGUGUGCCAGGAUGACUCCUGUGACAUCAAGAAGCUUCCAGUAGUGGUAUUCGUUCAUGGUACAAAUUUUCAAUGGGGGGACUCGAGCCCCUACUUUCCCGAUGGCGGAAACUUCGCAGCAAUGACUGAUACCAUAUUUGUGAGCUUCAAUUACCGCCUCAACGUGUUCGGCUUUCUCUCUGUUGGAAACGAAGAUCUGCCUGGAAACUGGGGGCUGUGGGACCAGCAGCUUGCACUUACCUGGGUACAACGCAACAUUGGCUACUUCGGCGGAGACCCCAAAGAAGUUACUCUUAUGGGACACGGUGCUGGAGCUAUCUCUGCUGGUUUUCAUGCCAUAUCCCCGCAUAGUGUUGGACUGUUUAAGAGGCUUGUUCUGCUGAGUGGCAGUCCCAUGAAUAUUGUGUCAAAAUUUUCUUCUCGCUCAGUGGAUAGCAUUAGGGAACUCGGUGCGAAUCUUACGUGCGAUGCGGCGAAAGAGCGGGAAAUUGGUGCGGUUUUGAAAUGCUUGAGAGGUGUAAAUGAAUCCCAGUUGCUUGAGCAAGUUAAAGAUCUCUAUGUAAAGAACUCUACAUACGGACCAGUCUAUGGGGAUGAAUAUCUGCCGGAUGAUCCUUAUAUGAUCAGCACUUGGAAGAACAACAUCAGGAGCAAGGAAAUCAUGAUCGGUACUACGGCCAACGAAGGCGCCUUGUUCCUCUACAACGUAAUGAAAGCGGUGCCCCGAUUCAAAGACCUACUUAUCCUUGACUAUCGAUUUGCCGUUCAAAAGGCUAUUCAAACUGCUUUUAAACUAUCAGAUGAAGAUGUGACAGAGAUCACUAAAUUCUACUUUUCGGAAUCAUCUCUCGGCCACGACACAAAAGACGUGAUUACUAUUCUAAGUGAGAUUUUGGGAGACGGUUUGUUCGUAUGCCCUGCCACAUUCUUCGCAGAUGAGGCGUCAGAGCAGAAGAUAGCUGUCUUUAGAUACGUGUUCGACUAUAGACCGUCAUUCAGCCCCUGGCCAGCAUGGUUUCAGGCAUCUCAUGAAGACGACCUCGCAUUUGACCUGGGAUCCAUUGUGUUCCUCAGAGAUGAAGACAAGUUCAUUCCUGGAAUUCGACAACAGGAUUACGAUCUGCUUAAGCAGCUGAAGUACACCGCCGCAGAGGAGCAGUUUAUGAAAGCAAUGGUCACUUCUGUGUCACAGUUUGUAAAGACAGGGCGCCCAAUGAUACCCGGAUCAAAGGUCCCUUGGCCGAGGUACUCCUCUUUCGACCCGGCGUAUAUAAACAUUGUACCGAACAACAUUACCCGAAGCCAAGGUCCAAGGCAAAAUAUUUGUGCUAUGUGGAAGAGCAUUCUCGUGAAAGAGGAACCUGAUCCUGGACAGAUUGCGCUGCAGAAGAAACGAGGCCCACUCAAAGGAUCACGGAGUAAUAUUGCAGAAACAGGGAGAACAGUACCACAUUACACUGGAACUGAGGCAUCUAAGGCGGGAAGCAAUGCGAUGGUGCCGCGUUAUUUGGUUUUGAAAAGUGUUGCUCUCUUACUGCUGGCUGAGGUAGUGAGUUGAGUCUAGUAUAUGAAUUGUUGCCACUGCACUGCAUUUUCAAUGGCUAUAUUUGUAUAUGGUUGUGGACAACCAUAGAGGUAAUUGUAUAUGUUGUACUGUUUGCUAGUGCAUUUUCCAUGUCAUGCCUAGAAUUUUGUGCAUGCAGGUGGAAAAUAAAUUCUCUGUAAAAGUA